UUAAAUCUGAACUCUUCUGAUAAAGAUUAAUCAGAGCGUUCGAGAACUGAAAGCGAAAUCAUGGAGAAGACGAAGCAGCUUCUGGAACUCACAAAGGAGGAAUCAGACGCCGUAGAGAAACUCGCCGUCCGGCCGAGGAAAGCCGGAGAGAAAUGCUUCUUCACCUUCUUCGCUCUCCGAGGCAUCCGAGUCGACCGCGUCCACCCAGGGCUCGUCGUCUGUACCUUCAAGGUCCCCCCGCGCCUCACAGAUCGAUCGGGAAAAUUGGCUUCGGGUGCUAUCGCAAACCUAGUCGAUGAAGUCGGUUCCUCCGUAAUCUACGACGAGGCCCUGCCGGAGCCGGUUUCUGUCGACAUGUCGAUCUCAUAUCUUUCGACUGCCGCUGUCGGAGAUGAAUUGGAAAUAAUCUCGAAGCUUUUAGGGCAGAAAGGGCGCUAUUCUGGAACCAGUGUUCUUAUCAAAAACAAAACGACCGGAGAGAUAGUUGCAGAAGGGCGGCACUCGUUGUUCAGCAUACGAGCAAGUAAAAGUAAACUGUGAAACUGGAGACUAUUUUUAAUUUGGCCGCCUGCCAUUUUACAUAUCGUACAAAUAUUUUCUUUACGAGAAAUUAUAAAUUUCAUAAAAUAAAUAUUAUUUAUAAAAA